AUGGUUCCAGAGACCAUGGGAGACAUCUCUGAGACCAGGUGGCCUCAGUACUGGUCUUUUAUGGUCCACUUGGUCGCCCGCCGCAGCUCUCUCUCUCUGCAGCCGCGGUGGCCUGAGCUGGUGGGUGCAGAGUCUGGGCGACGGUGGGAGAGGAUGGGUGGGGGUUUGUUGUGGAGGGGGGAGGAGAGGGGUGAGGAGAGGGGUGAGGAGAGGGGUGAGGGAGGGGUGAGGGGGGGAGGGGGGAGGGGGGGGGGGGGGGGGGGGGGGGGCUCUGAUGGCUCUUUAAUGCUGUCUGUGUGA